GACUAUAGCUGACACAAAUCGCAGCCAGCCCGGAAUUCCGGAACUGUUCUCUCCACGCCGUCGUGGUAAUUUCAUCUUCACCACCUACCCCAAUCUACUACAGCAAUCCACGGAGCCCCAAUCCAUACUACACUACUCCAUAGCGGGAGGCUCGAAUUGGCGGCUCGGCGCUGGGAAUUUCAGCCGCCUAGGCUUGAUGGAUUUGGAUCUGUGGAUCGCGGCGGUCAAGGAGGGGCAGCACCUCGCCGAACACGAGCUUCAGUCCCUCUGCGAAUACGUGAAGGAGAUUCUCAUCGAGGAGUCGAAUGUGCAGCCUGUCAACAGCCCUGUGACAGUGUGUGGUGACAUCCACGGCCAGUUUCAUGACCUGAUGAAACUUUUUGCGACUGGAGGGCAUGUCCCCGAUACGAAUUAUAUAUUUAUGGGUGACUUUGUGGAUCGCGGAUUCAACAGCCUAGAGGUCUUCACAAUCCUUUUGCUCCUAAAAGCAAGGUACCCUGCCCACAUAACCCUUGUACGUGGGAAUCAUGAAAGCAGGCAGUUGACACAGGUAAUUCUGUCUGUGUAUGGUUUUUAUGAUGAGUGUCAGAGGAAGUAUGGAAAUGCCAAUGCAUGGCGAUAUUGUACUGAUGUUUUUGAUUACCUUACUCUUUCAGCAAUCAUCAAUGGCACGGUCCUUUGUGUUCAUGGUGGCCUUUCACCUGAUGUACGGACUGUUGAUCAGAUACGAGUCAUCGAUCACAAUUGUGAAAUUCCCCACGAAGGGCCUUUCUGUGAUCUGAUGUGGAGUGACCCGGAAGAGAUAGAUACAUGGGCAGUUAGUCCCCGUGGAGCAGGUUGGCUUUUUGGAACAAGGGUGACUCAAGAGUUCAACCAUAUUAAUAAGAUUGAGUUAGUUUGCCGGGCCCAUCAACUGGUCCAGGAAGGCCUAAAGUACAUGUUUGAUAAAGGCCUUGUAACUGUGUGGUCUGCGCCUAAUUAUUGCUACAGAUGUGGCAAUGUUGCUUCUAUACUAAGCUUCAGUGAGAAUAUGGCAGUUCACUUCAUCCCCAUUCAUGCACCAGCUCUUAAUCCCUUUUUUGUUAUCUGUUUUUUCUCCUGGUAUUUGGAUGGCCAACUUCGAAUUGAGGAUGUUUUACUUGCAUUAGAAACAUUCAAGUAAUCAUUGUAUUUUGUUGAUCUUUGAUAGUUUACAUGAAGCCAAGUUUCUACUGUGUACAUAUUGGAUGUAAGGUGACUCUAUUUUGUUUGUAGAUGAGCUGUCGAAGCUCAUGAUCCCUGAUAGCUUACUCAUGUAGGGAACAGACUCAGAAAUUCCUCUGUAUAGGAAUUUGCUUCUUCCUUCAACAUAGUGUACUUAAUGUAGCUGGGAGUUGGAUCA